UUUCAAAAGCGCAAAGUAAUGUUUAUUUUUAAAUGUAAAAAAAUAACCCAGGGAAACGCAAUUCUUUAUGAAAACAUCUUGAAAAGAUCUUCACAUUAAAGUUCCUGGAACUAUUUCUUCAAGCACGUAUUCAUAAAGAUAGUUCCAAUUUAUUAACAGAAAUGUUAACUAAGCCCAUGAAGUUGGAGAAAAGAAUAUGUGGAGGGGACCAUAAUUUCAGCAUCCUGGAAGUAGAAAGUACAGAAGAUCUGUGUCUGACACCACAGACAGGUGCAGUGUUUAGCAGGAAAGGCACAGGGGAAGGACGCACUGGGGAGGAGGCGGUGCAGCAGCGUGCCUCUCCGGCUGUGGAUUUGCUGGGUGGCAACUCCCAGGCUCCACAGAAUGUGGCUUGGGAGUCACCACGGCAUGCCCAGCAGCCGGUCGCAGCUGCCUACCGCCCAAGCCCUCCAUCCAACGACCCAUCCACUGUGCUAUUGCCAGAGAACAAAGAAUCAGCAUUCCUUGGCAUGGAGAAAACCCUUCCAACGUCACCACCUGAGAGUCUCUCCAUCAACAUCUCUGAGGACAGUACUGCAGAAGAAGUUGCUGCUAAGGAACCCACUGUUCAAACUGCUGGAGUUGCAAGAACCUUUCCAACGUCAGUUGCCGAGGACUGUAGGUCCACCGCUGACAUACAAAGGCUUCCAGCUGCCCCUGCUCCAAAUAUCUCCAUCACACAGAUUGACACAAUACAAUACUUGCAACAAAGGUCACAGACUGAUGAAGAGAAAGGCAUCACACUUGAUGAAACAAACCAAAUUCAGCCACGUGAACUUGGUUCUGGACUUCUGGCUUAUGCAGAAACAGAAGAGAAACUCUCCAUCAGUUUGGAAUAUAAAUCAGAGACUGCAACAAACAUGGAACUUGUUGGAAAAGAGGAGUCCAGUGAGAUCAUUGUCCCACAGCCACCAUCUCAAAUCUGUUUUACAGCCUCACCUUCCUCUGUUCAACAAUCAAGUGUUGUGUUUAAAGUCCAAGAUAGCACAGCAACGGAGGAUAUGGAGCAGGCUGGCAGGGAUUUACUUGUUGACUCUAAUCAAAUUGGCCACAUGUGUGGAUCUGGUGCUGUGUGGCAAGUUGAGGGUCACCAAGAUCUGGACUCAAAGCCUUCUCCACACUCUUUACUGUCUUCUGACACGUGUCAGGUUAAACAAACUGACCCUUCAAAAAAUCAAGAUGAAAUCAUCCAGGAUAUCUCAAAUGAUGCCAGUGAACUGCAGAAAAACAGCUCUCUGGACAUGGUUGAGACUACUGAGUCUGUUAAGGCACCUCCUGAAACGUUUAAUAGAGAAACACAACUUACAUCACUUGAAAAUCCUGAAAUCAUUAAAAGAGAAAUACUUGAUGGGAUAUUAAUAUCUAGUGAAACUGAUGGCAAAGAAGACAGCAGGGGCCAAAAGAGUUCGGAACCAAGUGAAGGAGGACAGUUGGAGGGCAGCACAGAGGGAGAACAAGUUGGUAUGUCAGCCAUGUUGUCUGACUUUAAAAUAGUGUCAAAGUGUUCUACCACACAGGAUAGUUCUUCAAAACAGUCUGUUGCUCCCUCCAUGUUCGACACUGGCAUAGUUGUUACCCUGCAGGAAGGGCAGGUUGUUGAAGCAGAAACAUCUCACUCCUUGAAUCAAGUCACCACAACAGAGACGCCAAUAGUUGCACUUACAGAUGCCCAAGAAAUUGUGGUUGUCAGAGAGGGCUCACACAUUAGUGAGGACUGGUCUAACAUACACCUAAAUCAGAGUUACAUCCUACAGCGAGAGGAUGGCAGUGUCUGUGAAGCUGCCAUUGUUAAUGAGCUGACUGCGGAACCUAAGCUGUAUGAAGAGAGGGUUCAAUCACACCUGGAGAUGGACUCGCACCCUGUGGAAGUGUACGAGUUCUGUGGUCUGGUGGAAGAAGUUGCUGAGGAAACGGUGUGUGCCAGUAACAGCACACAGAUACCACACUCUCCUGGAUAUGAAGUAAACCUAUUCAAUGCGCUAUUAGAAAAUUCUGAUGAGUAUACAGUCAAACAGGACAUAGAGAUGCACAUUGGACCAUCGUUUCACACAAUCAAUGAUGGCAACACUGUUAUUAUUUCCCAGCAGCCGUUGCAUUCGUCAAAUGAUGAAAAUCAAAUAGAGGUUCUUUCUACCAGUAAUUCCCACGCUUUGUCCAUGCAAAACCCCAGAGUAGCUGCUGCUGUCCGACAGCACUUGCUGUUGGAUGGUCACCAAGCUGUUCAAGUGGCAAACUCUGGUGAGGUUUGUUUAGUUGAAGUAGCUGCCGUUACAUCUGACUCAUUUACUGUUGAACAAAUGGGAACGAGUGCACACAUUUUGGCAGCCUGCUCACAGGUCAGUGCACCACUGUCAUCCCAAACUGUAGUAAGCGCGUCUGCUGAAAUUCAAAAUAUUUCCCCAAAACUAGAAACAAAAACUACAGCAAAUACAUCUGUCACCACAGCAACACAAUCACCUGUUGCCAUUUCUCCACAUGUCCCUGAUUUAGAUAAUUCAGAAAAGAUCUGUCUCUUCACACAUGAAGGGACCAAAGAAUCUACUGCUUUGUCAGUGACUCUACAACAGAAUGUUGACAGUGUUGCUGUGUCUACUGAAACCAAACCAGUGACGUUCUGCACCACUCACUCUCCAAGUAUUAUAAAUCCAAAGCUGCUUCUUCUCAAACCAGUUGAAAGUCCAAUCCUAAAGACUCCAUCCUCACUGUUGGCAGAGGUGCCCAAACAGAAAGGUUUGUCCAGCAACCUGGCCAAUGCCCAUGGCUCUUGGUCUGACAUAGCAUCUAAGGAGUGCCUUCCCCAAAUUAUCUCAACGGCAGACUCUCCAAAUGCGUCCGUGGUUCUUAGAGAUCAGACGCAGAGCUCUGUCAAUAAAACCUCUGCAGUGGAAGCAUUGUCUGAGCAGAAUGCAACAACUAAAUGUGAUAAAGAGGCCUUACUUUUUACUAAAACUUCACCACGUGAAACAGCUGCCCUAGAUAGUGUCUCACCAAUGAGUGACACUCACACUCACGGCAUCUUCGAAGCAGGAGAUGGAGACGUUACAUCCAACAGUCUUGAUGACCCUAUCGGCCAAUCUGACUCUCUCUUUGUGGAGGAUGAGUGUGAAGAUAUGGACCAGGAUGAGCCACUUGGAGAAACAGAGGCUCAGGAGGACAUUUCUGGACAUGCUAGCAGUGCAGAAGAAGAAGGCAGUGAUGAUGAUCCUGAUGAGGACAAAACAGAAAGUGAAAUGACUAGUCCCAUCUCUUCACACAAGCAUGGACAGAGCAGAACAGAGAAAAGGGCACUGUUCCUUAAGGUAAGACAGUGGAUUGCCAACAGGGCUACGUUGAAUUCAUCACCUGUCUCACCAUCCGCUGGUCCCUCACCCACCUCUGACUGGUCAGCACGGCGAAGGGAAAGGUCCUCACCUCUACGUGAUCCCCAUGGCAAAUUUGUUUCUCCUUCUAUGGGUGGCUACAGUCCAUCCUCUGACCAGACCACUCCUCGCGGUCCACGUGGUCACACAGACAUGGCAGAGCUGGCUAAACAUGAAGCAGAUAUCGAGCAUCGUACCCAGGCACUCAAGCGAGAGGGUUUCUGGUCAAUGAAGCGCCUCACUCGUCUAACAGAACCAAUGAGACCAAAAGUUCACUGGGACUACCUGUGUGAAGAGAUGCAGUGGCUCUCAGCAGAUUUCGCUCAAGAAAGACGUUGGAAAAGAGGAGUGGCACGGAAGGUGGUACGAAUGGUAGUGCGACAUCAUGAAGAGUUGAGGCAGAAGGAAGAGAAAGCCAAAAGAGACGAGCAUGCUAAAAUAAGAAAAGUUGCAUCCUCUAUUGCAAAAGAAGUCCGGUCUUUCUGGAGCAAUGUUGAGAAGGUGGUUCAAUAUAAGCAGCAAUCCAGAUUGGAGGAAAAGAGGAAGAAGGCAUUGGACCUACAGCUGGACUUCAUUGUUGGCCAAACAGAGAAAUACUCCGACCUUCUCAGCAAGUCACUCGCUACCACAAGGCCUGCUGAAACUGUGCCUCUGUCUCCCCAAAAAUCUGUGCCAGCUGCUGUAGAGGAUGAUGACAGAGAUUUUGAACCGCAAUGUGAUGAGGAAGAUGAUGAAGAGACAAUUGAGGUGGAGGAGCAGCAGGAGGGCAAUGAUGCUGAGAGCCAUCGGAGGGAGAUAGAGCUACUGAAGGAGGAGGGCUUGCUACCCCUGGAUCAGUUACUCAGCACCCUCAAACUUCUACAGGAUGCUGGCUCAGAGGAGGAAUCCUCUGGUGAAACAUUGUCUUCUGUGGAGGAGGAGGAGGAGGAAGAAGAUGCUAAUGAUGAAGAGGACACAAUAGCAGCUCAGGAGAAGAUUGAGGGAAAUGUAGAUCAUGGAGAAGAACUGGAUGACCUGGCCAAAGAAGGCAACCUGAGUAUUGAGGAGCUGUUGGAGAGAUACAAAGGAGCUUUUGCCCCAGACUUUGAAGUACCCUCAGAAUCUGGCUCCAAGGCCAGUCUUGAUUCUGAGGCAUCAGGAGAUGAGGAAGUAGAGACUGAAGAAGAUGAGAGCGACGUUGAAAGCAACACAUCAUCCUCAGAUUCUCCAGGAGACAGUGCGGAGGAGGACAAUAGUGAGAAGGAGGAAGAGGAAAGCGCAGAGGAAGAGGAUGAAGAUAAUUGUGAAGAUGAAGGAAUGGAACUUUUGCUGGAGGAAGGAGACUACAGUCCAGGGUCCUCUGGAUCACGACCGAAGAAAGAAAUCAGUCAUAUAGCUGCUACUGCAGAAAGCCUGCAACCAAAAGGCUACACUCUAGCUACAACAAAGGUCAAGACCCCAAUUCCAUUCUUGCUUCAUGGCACACUUCGAGAAUACCAACACAUUGGACUCGAUUGGUUGGUCACCAUGUAUGAGAAAAAGUUAAAUGGCAUUCUGGCUGAUGAGAUGGGUUUGGGAAAGACCAUCCAGACUAUUGCACUACUGGCCCACCUCGCCUGUGAAAAAGGUAAUUGGGGUCCACACCUCAUCAUAGUCCCCACCAGUGUGAUGUUAAACUGGGAGAUGGAAUUAAAGCGCUGGUGUCCGGGAUUUAAAAUUCUCACAUACUUUGGCAGCCAAAAGGAAAGAAAGCUAAAAAGACAGGGAUGGACCAAACCUAAUGCUUUCCACGUGUGCAUCACUUCAUACAAGCUGGUGCUGCAAGAUCAUCAGGCCUUCAGACGCAAGUCUUGGCGAUAUCUGAUCCUCGACGAGGCACAAAACAUCAAAAACUUUAAGUCACAGCGCUGGCAGAGCUUGUUAAACUUCAACAGCCACCGACGACUACUGCUAACAGGAACUCCACUCCAGAACAGCCUGAUGGAACUGUGGUCACUGAUGCACUUCCUCAUGCCUCAUGUCUUCCAGUCCCAUCGCGAGUUUAAAGAGUGGUUCUCUAACCCACUGACAGGAAUGAUAGAGGGUAGUCAGGAGUACAACGAAGGACUGGUCAAAAGGUUGCACAAGGUGCUGAGGCCCUUUCUGCUCAGGAGGAUCAAGGCCGAUGUAGAGAAGCAGAUGCCCAAAAAGUAUGAGCAUGUAGUGCGCUGUCGCCUCUCCAAGAGACAACGAUUCCUUUAUGAUGACUUCAUGGCACAGGCUUCGACACGGGAAACACUGGCGAGUGGUCACUUCAUGUCUGUGAUCAACAUCCUCAUGCAACUGCGGAAAGUCUGCAACCACCCAAACCUGUUUGACCCUCGACCCAUCCAGUCUCCAUUCAUUACACAGCCCAUUGUUUUCAACACUGCCUCUCUGGUGCAGGAUGCCCUUGACAUCUCUCCUUUAAAGCGUUGCGACCUAUCUGCAUUUGUCCUUGUUGGGCUGGAGAGGUGUGUGACGCGUUACCAAGCGGAUGUCUUCUUGCCACGACACAAGGUUAGCCGUCAGCUAAUCCAGGAGAUCAUGGAGUCCCCUGAACCCCCACCAAGACCUAAACCAGUGCGCAUGAAGGUCAACAGGAUGUUCCAGCCACUUCCUAAAAGUGAUAACAAACCAUGUGUGAUGAACAAACCUACCUGCUCUGUACCUCCUGCUCAGACUGCUAUUCCACCUACAAUACCUGAAGCCUCCCCAAGUCCUGGACCUGCUCCUGUAGUUAAGCAAGUGGUGUGUUCUGUGACACCCACGCCUCCUCCCCGCCCCGCUGUUCAACCCAACACUCAGACAGCUGUAAGAUCCACUGCGCCCAAGCCGGUGCUGACGGUACGACCUCCUGCUGCUCCCAGCACGGCAGGUAUCCCUGCUCAUCCAAGCCCAAACAACAUGCCCCAAAGGGUUCUGCUUAGUCCAGAUAUGCAAGCUAGGCUGCCCUCUGGUGAGGUGGUGAGCAUUGCUCAGCUCGCCUCUUUGGCAGGACGACCUGUUUCUUCAUGUCAGGGCAGCAAGCCUGUCACUUUCCAGCUACAGGGCAACAAGUUGACUCUUUCUGGAGCUCAAAUCCACCAGGUCUCAGCAGCUUCUCCACGUCCCAUUCAAGGGAAUGUGAUGCACGUAGUGUCCAGUGGGGUGCAGCGCCAUCUCAUUAGUCAGCCUGCUCCUGUGGCUGUUCAGGGUCCUGUCAAUGUUAACUCCGCAAACACCUCUUCUACAGCUCCUGCAAACCGCCUUAUUCACAAUGUCUCAGCACAAGUACCCUCAUCCAUGGUGAGCAGCGCAGGUGUUGUGAAGAUCGUUGUGCGACAGUCCGCAGGCAAGGAGGGUGGGCCUGUGCCCACCCUGGCAGUGGCCCCUUCCCCUCGUGUCACUUCUUCCCUUUCCCUUCAUGCCCAUGCCAACACCCUUGUCACACCUGUCAGAAAUACUGGCCCCCUGCAGAUUGCCCAGCGCACCCCUGGUCCUGCUACUGCCCACUACACCAUAGCUCCUCCCAGAAACCCAAUUUCAACUCCGAGCCAGCCCCAACCCCCUUGCCCUGUCCUCAAGGUAGUGCAGACUCCACCUUCUAUCACAGAAAAGCCAGCACCAGCAAACACCUCACCCACUCUCCCAAAACCUGUGCCAACACCACAAGAUGGAAGAAACAGUCAAACACCAGUCACCAUAAAGUCCAGGCCUAGUGCAGGUGCAAAGGUCUAUCCUCCACCAAGAACAGUGCCGCAUCCACCUCCACGUUCCCCAUUUUACAUGCCAUGGCUUGCAGAGAGCCAUAAAAAGCAACACGACAGUCGACUGGACUUCAUCUUUAGAGUCAAUGAGCAACAUUGCGCAGCAAAACCCGUCUACGGCCAGGAGCUUUUGAACAUUCUCAGUUUUCUUCAUGGUCCAUGUCCUACCCCUGCACCUGUAUCUCCUGAGGGAGAAUGGAAACGGUCAGGUCACAGCGCCUGUCUUUUAUCACAGUUUCCAAACAAAUGUAACUACUGGUCUCAGAGCCAAGCUGUGAGAAAGGACAUUCAUGCCAUUGAAGAGAGGCUGGAGAUGAUCUCUGAUGUUAUAGACAGGUUUGCAUUUGUGAUUCCUCCUGUUGAAGCUCCUCAAAUUUCCAUGCACUGCUGUCAUCCUCCACCUUCUUUGAGCCACAAGCAAGCAGUCUAUGGCUCCACGCUCACAGGUCAAGUAGCGCCGCUCACUCGCUGCCUCCAUCGUAUACAAUGUAACACCAGGACCCAGUUCCCAGAUCUGAGGCUUAUACAGUACGACUGUGGUAAGCUUCAGACUCUACACACAUUACUCCGGAAGUUGAAGACAGGAGGCCACCGGGUGCUAAUCUUCACUCAGAUGACAAGAAUGUUGGAUGUGCUGGAGCAGUUCCUCAACUACCAUGGACACAUCUACCUACGCCUUGAUGGUAGCACCCGUGUAGAACAGAGACAGGCCCUAAUGGAGCGAUUCAACGCAGAUCGUCGCAUUUUCUGCUUCAUUUUGUCAACUCGUAGUGGAGGUGUAGGGGUAAACUUAACGGGGGCUGACACUGUCGUAUUCUACGACAGUGACUGGAACCCUACCAUGGACGCCCAGGCUCAGGACCGAUGUCAUCGUAUCGGCCAAACACGAGAUGUCCACAUCUACAGGCUAAUCAGUGAACGUACAGUGGAGGAGAACAUUUUGAAGAAGGCCAAUCAGAAGAGGAUGCUUGGAGAUAUGGCCAUUGAAGGAGGAAACUUCACUACUGCCUUCUUUAAACAACAAACAAUACGAGAGUUGUUUGAUGUGAACGAUGGAGAGAGAAGAGAGGUGGCAGUUGAGCUGGCUUUGCCUCAACCAGAGGAAGAGGAUGGUGUCAACAAGCAAAGCACCACUAUUCUGGAACAGGCCCUGUGUCGAGCAGAGGAUGAGGAGGACAUCGUAGCAGCUUCUCAGGCCAAAGCAGAGCAAGUGGCAGAACUGGCAGAAUUCAAUGAGAACAUUCCACUGGAUGAUGGAGGGGAACAGGAGGAGGUGGAGGAGCUAUCAAAGGCAGAGCAAGAGAUAGCAGCUCUGGUUGAGCAACUCACACCCAUUGAACGCUACGCCAUGAACUUUCUGGAAGCCUCUUUAGAAGAUGUUUGCAAAGAAGAGUUAAAACAAGCAGAGGAGCAGGUAGAGGCUGCCAGAAAAGGCCUGGACCAGGCUAAGGAGGAAGGCCUCAAGCUUCAUGCUUCAUCUGAUGAUGAUGACAACGACUUUUUAUCAUCAUCCACUUCUGUAGAGCCUGCACAGCCAGUUGCAAUUCGUCGUGGACGUAAACCCAAGGAUAAAGACAAAAUUGUUACCUCUACCAGGACCAGUGGUCGGCUUCGUGGGGCCUCCCCUGAAAUUGAGCCAGAGUCUACAACCCCUAAGGAAGUGCCUGAAAGACUCCGUCUAAGAGGACGAGGAGCUGCUGUGUCUAAUUCCCCAUCUCGUUCAGACAUUCUUAAAAGCUCCUCCUCAACUUCAAAAUCGUCAAAAGCUUCAUCACCAGCCAGAGACAACCAGUCUACCAAAACUAGGACUCUAUCAAACCGUUCCCAUACCAGUCCAGUGCCUUCCCCUCCUACAGUUUCUCCUUCUGGAGGGAAACAACAUUUUAUUGUUGGAUCUGAGACUAAAAGCCCUAAAGCCAGCAUCGAGCCAAAAGAUGUACAGGCCGAGGGCAGACCAUCUGAGUCAUCCCCAGCAUCCACCAGUUCUGUGGACCAUCACUUAAAAGAUGAUGAAAGCAAAGACCACAGUGCCAUGUUUCCCCCAUCCACUGGCAUCAGGUCACCUCGUAAACGUCAAUCAGCAGAUGGUGAAGUCUUGCGUGGCCUUGUUGAAGACUCCCCAUCAGCCAAAGUCCUGCGUAAGCUUCCAGGGAGGCUUGUUACAGUGGUGGAGGAAAAGGAGCCAAAAAAGAGGAGGCGGCGUGGAAGUGGCACUGGAGGUAUGGGUUCAUCGGAGGACACAGCAGUGGAGGAAACCCUUGCUGGAUCUGGUGAUGAGCCUAACCAUAAUAACAGCAAUACAUCACCAAGUGAUGACGGAAAAGCUAAAGAGGCACUAAACAAAUCGCCUCAGAGCCAAAACACUACUCCAAAAUCACUGGUACAUCCACCGCCUGUUAGAGCUUACCCUCCAUAUUCCCCUCCUCAUCUUUCUCCUGACAUGCCGGUGCUGAGAAAUCUUCCUGUGCGACGCAGGUUAGAAACGGAAUCUCGUAUGGCUGCUCAGCUUGGAGAGCAGCAGCAUCUGGGGAGAGGACGGGGAGCAACCCUGAAGAAAACAGAUGCUAGUAAAGAUGCUACAUCCACCUCAACGGAGUCUGGUGUUUUGACCCCUUUAAAAAGAAAGAGGGGUCGGCCCCCUAAGGCAGUCCUAAAGUUACCAGAGUCUGACAACACAUUGACUUCCCGGCCACAGGUCACCUCACCAAGUGAGGAGGAAAACCCUUCCCCUUCAUCAAAGCCUAAAAAAGGUCGUCUGAGUGUUUCAGAUAAUGUCAGUGAAGAACAGAGCUCUAAAUGUAUUGACUCAGCUGCUGGAUCUGAUGUAAUAAAAAUGGACCAUGGCAAACAACUUCCAGAGAUUCCUAAAGCUGAUCCACUGAGCUUGAUUCAGGCCUCAGAGUCUACCACUGCUAAUCAGACAGACAAUAAAAUUCAGGGUUCUCCAGUUUCAGCUACUAAUUUUAAAAAAACCCUGGAGUCCACAACAAAAGAAACAGAGGAUCUUAUCUCGGUCUCAGAACCACCUGACAAAACAUCCUCAAAUCAAAUCCAGCCAGCUUCAUUUCCAAGCUCAAAUACAACAUCUGCUCAGGUUUCUGCAACCCCAUCCACAUCUGUCACUUUGCCAGACACUGCUGCCCUGACUACCACAAGUCCACUGCCAACUGUCAGCACUGGCUUAUCAUGUCCACCUGCUGUAGAACCAAAACCUUUUACCUCUGCAGUUCAUGUAGACCCGAAAACUGCAGAUUGUACAGCUGUGAAAACAGAACUAGAAGCUGCCAAAACUCGGACAGUUUCCACAUCAGUUGCUUCAGCACCACCCACAGAGACACUUAAAGUAUCUCCACCAGCAGCAUCUGUUCCCGAUCCUAUCGUAAUGUCAUCAACAGCAGGUGUGGUGUCAGGAGCAACAAAUAAAGUAUCAGCGCCUUCAACUAUAUCUGCUACAGGAGAGGUUUUAACACAGGUCACUGAACAAACAGUCAACAUAGUUGCAGAAACAUCAAUCCCAGCUGUGAUUACAUCAAAUCCAGAAGAAUCCUCCGCAAGGCCAUCAACAAAUGUUGCAUUUACAGAAACAAUUACAGCAUCUGCUGUGGAAACAGUCCAAGCUUGUCCAUCACCAAACCUAGUAAACACAGUGUUAAAAGGUCAACAAACAGUUUCAGACUCUUCACUGACACCGGUAAGUGCAGAAUUCACAUCAUCAGUAGAUACAGUCCCAUCAUGUCUUGUCCAAACAGGGCCAGAUACCAAUAUCCCUUCCAAGCAAUUGCAAAAAUUGCCAGAACAAACAAAGACAGAAGAUACUGCAGCAGUAUCUUCCCCUGUACAGUCUGUAUAUUGUAUUCCUCCUCAAAUGUGCGCCCAGAAUGUGGACACCACAGAAGCAAAACUGGAUAAUGUGAUCUCGUCAACAGCCUCAACAGAUCUUGUCACAGUAGAAGAAAAAUCUAAUAACACUGUAACAUCCCCAGAAAAGACUUUUGACACUUCAUCGCGAAUAAAUACAAAUGCAGAUGCCACACAAGAUGUACACGUUACCACUACACCAUCCUCAGAAAUGUUACCUACCUCUAGUUCCACAACUGCUGUUGAAACCUCUCAUGUAUCCAUUACCACACCUUCUUCUGCUUCAGUAACUACCACAACAGGUGCUUCAACAAAAACAGAAUCCUUUAUUUCCAGCCUGUCACAAAACUCUGCAGGCCAUGGUGCUUCUCUAGAGGUUCCUGAAUUUGCUCAGAACAAAUCCUCGUCCAAGAUGCCCAUUUCUGCCCCUUCUAAUGUUUCAUGGUACAAGCCAUCUACAGAGUCAGUACAGGAGGAGUCUGCAUCUAAGAGUGACAUAAAUCCAAAAGAAAUACAAACAGGAACAUUGGAAACUAACACGAGGACCAAUGAGGAGGGAGAGGAGGAUGAGGAUAAUGCCAAUAAGCAAGAAAAGACAAAGUCUAUACCAAAAAGGAGGAGGUUGGAAAGUUCAUCUGUAACCAAACAAGUUGAGUCAGAGAAGGAGGAAGAAGGUGAAUGUUCCAGGAGUAAAACCAAUUUACAAGAGGAAGCUGAACUAUCAGAGGCAGAAGAGACUAUUGAAGACCAGUCUCUUCCCAAACACAAAAGGUCCUUAAGUCGGCAGAGUAGCCAGGAGUCUACUUGCUCCUCAUCACCAUCAUCUGGGGCUUCUACAUCUGCUCUCACUCGUCAUUCUCACCACAAGAGAACCUAUGAAAACAGACAUCCUGUCAAGAAGAGGCGAACUGAGGUCUCUACUGAAGCAGCGAGUGAAAAGAAGAUGAAAGAAGAUAAAGAGGAAGGCAGUAAAACAGCUCUCAGUUCCUCCUCCUCCUCCCAGAAAAGGCGUUCCAGGUCUUCAUCCUCCUCUUCUGACUCUGACGAUAGCAAAGGCAAAAAAGAGCAUCUAUUUACGCGCUCAGCCAAGCAGCGCAAGGUACAAGAUCAGGAGAAGGAGCGAGGAAACGCCAGGUCUGGAAAGAAACCUGCAUCCAGCACUGACAGACAUGCCUCAAGCAGAGCCAACGCAUCCACUGGUGGAGAGUCUGGCAGUGAUACUUCAUCUGUCAGGGUCACCAGAAAGUCUUCAGGAUCUCGGUCUUCACAAGAUGGCAAAUGCCAGCUAAAAAGCUCCCCCCCAGCACCUGUUGAACCCGAGGUCCUUGGGAAGAGAUGCUCGGCACUUAACGCAGCAGCCAAACUUCUUGCAAUGAAAGGCAGAGUGGACACCCCAGGACACACUCCUCGGAAAGAUUCUGCAACUAAGUCUGCAGGGACAACACCUGCCUCCUCCUCUUUCCCAGAUAAGAACCAAAAACCUAAAAACAAAAGUGUACCAGCUUCUUCCCAGACUAAUUCUGUAACUAAUAAUAAAGGACCCGACACCAAACCUUUAACAACAACCACCCAGUCAAGUCGCUCUCCUUCCCGCUCUACCAGACAGUGUCCAGGUUCUCUGGUUCCACCACUGGACCUAGAGUUCAAGAGAUCAAGGUCUGAAAAAAAGGAAAGAGGAACUAGGAAAAUGUCAAGGAGCAAAGAGGGUGAGGCUGAUGCCCAGUCUUCUUCUAGAGGUCACAGCGCCUGCAGCAGCAUGAGCAGCGACGGUGAGGCUGAUGUCGGUAGACGCAGCAGCAGAAGUCGCAGCAGCAGCAACAGCAGCCAACGGACUCGUAGCAUCAGCUCUCGAGUGAUGGAACACAAGGAGUCUGGUUCCCUAGCCACUUCCUCGGGCAGUGAGAGGGAUACAGACCGCAGCUCAGAUCGUGCAAAGAGUAAAGACAAGCGGGAAAGGCAGGGUCAAAAGAUGGAUAGUGGAAAAGGCAGAAAAAGAUCUCUGAGACUCUCACAAGAGCUAACAAACAGUUCGGGAACCGAAGGGACACCAGACAGAGUGUUGCGCAGCGUUGCAGCACUUGCUGCCGUACAGGCCAGGUCACCAGCUGCAAGCACCCGCUCCUCUUCAAGUCAACUUCAUCGUAACAAGACAUGAUGGCUGAGCCUAAAGGAAGAAUUGGAAGUAGCAGUGUUGUGGCAAAGCAUGAAGCAAGAGCAUGUCUAGACCUGCCAGGGUUACUGCUUUGUCAGCACUCUAAAGAAGUGUGAGGGAUCGGAGUGCCGCACAAGUCAGAGACCUCCCUGUCUCUUUUGAGUCAUUUUUCCUAUCCAGUAGGAAAUGGUCAGUUCACCUUUUGAGGGAAGGCUUGUUGAUAAUGAGGAUAACUGAAGAUCUGUAACACCAUCACCAGUAAACAGAUGACAUAAGUGGAUGAAUUCACACACAAGGACAUUAGCUUCCAGGUUUGGCAAUGGUGAGGGGUUAGCUCACAUUAUGUACUGUAAUCAUUUGGACUGGAACACUCAGAUCUUACAUGUUAAGAUGGCAUUAUACAGCACCCCUUUUUGGGUCUAUACAUGAAGUCAUUUUACGUGACACCUACGAGUGACCCAUUGUGUUGUGAGUUGGAAGUUUUAGUAUGUUUGGUGUGGGAGAGUUCAUCAACUGUCCUGACUAUUGUUUUUCAGUGUAGUCAGUGGAUAAGUCAUGCUUUUCUUUCUUUUUUUUUCUUCCGGGGUAAAAGGAAGAGAACAGAUCUGUCAAUGUGAUCUUUUCUGCACUAUGCUGGAGCUGUUGGGCCCUUUUCCAUGUUGACUUCUGAUGUUUGUUUUUUUUUCUUUUAAUCCAGCCUUGUAUUUCUCAUUUGCACAUAUGGCCCUAGGGCCUCUGGCUACAUUGUCUGGUAAUGUGUGUCGUUUUUUUUUUCUUUCCUCAACAUCAACUUCAGUAAAUUAUUCGGGUCCUGCUUCAUCAUAAUAUAACGCCAAUUUGAAGUUUCAAAUUGUCUCGAAGACACCUGGAUGGGAGAGGAAAAAAACAUAUCCUCCCAAAGGUGGUUAUUGUCAUGUAAUUAUAUUGUAAGGGCAAUUAAAUGUUAAUGAAAUUAUUAGAGUGCCUCUUUGGCCAAAUGGGUUUGAACCUCUGAUUGCCUUGUAAAGCACCUGUAGAGGGCUGCUCAGCUUCUUUCAAUAUUAAAAAAAAGAGGGGAAAAAAUGAUAGACAUCAAGAUAUACGUGACUCAGCUAAUAAAUCAUCCCACCACUUGAUUGCUUUGUCUAAGAAAAAGAAAAAAAGAAAAAAACUUGGAAAACAGAUUGCAAAAAGUUACUGGUGCAGUUCCAGAUUGUAAAUUGUCAAUUUACUUUUUGCAGAACUUAUAUUUGGGGGUGGGAGAGGGCAGUAGUAAAUGUUGAUUGUCUUAUUUUUGAUUUGUCUCAUUUCAUUUGUUGCAUUCCUUUUAUCCCUUGUAAUUCCACAUUAUUUUACUUGAACUUUAAGACAAUUACAGUUGAAUAAAAAGACCAAAAAAUUUA